AUAACAAGAUUUUUUGUGCAGUAGUAACCACGGCAGUCAGAGAACAGUUUUUGAUAAAAAUUGAAGAAUUUUCGUUUUUUCUCAGAACCAAGUGAAGAAAAUCGGUGCGCAUUUCAUUAGUUGUGAUUCAAUAGUGCUUGUGGGUGUCGUUGGGCGUGCGAAGAAGUGCAGCAACAAUGAUUACGUGCGGUGAAACUUGUUCCAGUGACAACUGCUGUUGAAUAAAUAGGAAUGAUGAUUUCAGACUUCCUGAAAAAUAGUGAUUUCCCAUCAGCAGAGGCGAAAAACAACGGUGAAAAAAUGGUUAUCAACCUUGACCAGCAGCAGCAGCAGCAGAGGCAAACAUCAUCACCGUCAUUGUCGUCAUAUGCUGUGGAUUUUCGGUUUGUGCGCUGACGGACGGACGGAUAAGUGAGUUGUCCUUUUGCGGUCGUUUGGCGUGAACGAAUUCCGCAUAGGAUAUCUACCUGACAGAGUUGCAAAUUAUAAUUGACGUGUUUUGCCAGUGUCUGUGGUAAAAAUAAAUAUCGCUCGUGCUAGAAAGUGUUUUGUUGUCGAGCCACAGGGAAAGAUCACACAGGGUAGGGUCGAUUCUUAUCAGCACGAGGGCGUGAAUUGAGCCUCGAUCGUCUCGCUAACCAGUUGGUGAAACGAAGCGGGAAGUGGGUGGGCUUGUGUGUAAGGAAAGAACGAAGAAUCGUCUGCGAUUUACUUGAACGGAACGAUAGAAGGAGGCGAGCGCAAGUAAAACGAAGACCCGCUCGCAUUUAUGUUGUAGCUAUUAAGCUGGAAGCGGACAGCGUAAAGUAAACAAUGGGGAGUGUUUGGAAACGGCUGCAGCGUGUUAACAAGCGGGCUGCCAAGUUCUCCUUCACCGUGUCCUAUCAUGAGCUACAUAUGGAGACCACUGCCAAAUGGCGCCCUCACAGUCUCCACGUCGUCUGGACCCGUCGAUCGCGACGAGUUGUCUCCAGCCCGCUGGCAUGGGAACCGGAUCUCGUCAAUCCGGUGAGUAGCACAAUGGCCUGGCCAAUGCCGGACAACCACACAAUAGCCGUCACACUGUUCAAAGAUAUACGAACGCACGAACUGGAGGACAAGGACUGGACGUUUGUGCUGGAGGAUAUUUCCCAGCUGGGUAAGAAACGGCUCCUAGCGUCAGCCACGAUUAACAUGCGCAAGUACGCUAGUAUAGAGUCGACCCAGCAAACGUUUUCAUUGGAACUGAGGCCCGUUUCGAAGAAAAUUGUUUCUGCACAAUUGGAGCUAACGUUGAGUUGCGUUUUUCUGCGAGAGGGCAAAGCAACUGACGAGGAUAUGCAGAGUAUCAUUUCGCUUAUGUCUGUGAACAAUGUGACUGAUAUUGCUCCGCUGGAUGAUCUGGAGGAUAUUCCAGAUUUGGAGAGCUCAAUUGAAAUAUCCGAGCACAUGCUGGACUUUACGCAACAACUGGAACAAUUGACUACUAGUCUAAACAGUUCCGAUCUAGCCACGCCGAUGAGUGUUCCUUCUCUUUCAGACGACCAAACUCCGAUCGUCAGCGGGUCAAGAGAUAUGUUCAAAGAAAUUCUGAACGAUCGUGGAUACAUUUCGUUGACCAACGAAGGCAGUUCAAUGGAUGAAGAAGAAAAGGAAACUAAAUCAGCACCUCCAGAGAUUAAAUAUAACGCGACACACGAAAUUCCAACGGAAUUAGAUAGUAAUACCAAUCAGUUCCGUGAAACUUGUAUCCCGGAUACAGUACGCUCACUAGAAGAAAUCCAUAGGGAGGAAGAUGAACAGCUCGAUCCUUUGGAAGCACUGGAGGAAGAAAAAACACCAAUCAAACCUCAACUUCCAGCACCCGAACCAGCUCCUAUGGUGCAAAGUCCCACUGCACCAUCAGACAUAGAUAGUGAAUCGUUCAGCAGAAAAUCUCCAGAGGAAAACCAGAACAGCCGGGCGGAGUUGAAACCUUUAAUUCUAAUUAAGAGCUACGAUCAUCAACCACCGGAAAAAGCCCCGCCUGUCGUAGCGGAACCACCUCCUGUUGAACCAGAUAUUCUUGCAAAGAAACCAAUCUUGCGAGACAGCACACCUGGCCAAGAUUUACUGGAAUGGUGCAAGGAGACCACGAAAAACUACCACGGAGUGAAGGUCACGAAUCUCACUACCAGCUGGCGCAACGGAAUGGCAUUCUGCGCCAUCAUCCAUCACUUUUAUCCCAGCCUAAUUGACAUGACAAAGCUCUCCCCGGGAAAUGUGAUAGAAAAUUGUCGAACAGCGUUCGACGCGGCUGAGAAACUAGGAAUCCCACGUGUUAUCGAACCACGUGAUAUGAAUAUGCUUGCCGUGCCGGAUAAACUGGCCGUCAUGACCUACCUGUACCAGCUGCGAGCGCAUUUCACCGGUCAUCAGCUUGAAGUUCACACCAUCGAUUCGGGCAUACCGUGCCAGGCUUGCUUCGACGCGGCCGAACAAGCUAUGUGCAUUUACUCCCAAACGAAAAAUAAACGAGGUGAAACAUCGGACGACUCCAGCUACGUAAUCGGGAACUACAAAUCGGACAAACUGACAAAGGAUUUGCUGAAUCUGAACGAAAUGAUUACUCCACGAGAGGACGACUUACUGCUGCGGAAGGAAUCCAGCACGGCGCAUCUGUUGGCAAACUCAAAGGCACUCCUUGGCAAGAUGCUGUCACCAGCCAGAGAACGGUAUGGGUACGGGGAAGAAGUGCCCUCGACAGUGGACGGUCAACUGGUUAAUGGUUCCUUUGAAGAAGAUAAGACUCUUUAUGAUGAUGUUGGUGAUGUCGAGGGUGGAGGUAGCACUGAAGGCGGUGUAAAUAAUAACAAUAGUUCCAGUGCUAUAAACAAUAAUAGGAUUCGUUAUAAUUCCGCGGAAACAAAUGGAGAAGUGGAGAGCAACGGAAAGAGAGCUGAGGAAGAGAUGCUUCCACGGUUGGACACCCAAACAGCGAAUAAAUUCCUAAUGCGGCAUAAGGAAAUGAGUGAAAGGGCGAGAGUUAUGAUUGAAAAACUAAGAAAUACUAGCAUAGAUAAAACUGGUGAUAUUGAUAAUAACGAACGGCAAGCUCGUUUACGAGAGCAGGCACGCAAGCUUAUAGCGGAAACCAAAGCUAAGGCACUGAAUCUGGAUUCGCCUUCGUCGCCGACGAAAAUUAGCACCGCCCAAAAAAUGAACUUCUCCCCCGAACGAACCAUCUCACCGAUCAACAACGUGCCGGAGUUUAUUUUUCCUACCGUUCAGCGAAUCGCUAAAGACUCACCGCUGCGGAACGUCGUCAGUCCAGUCGACGGCAGCGAUGCCAACAGUAACCAUCUGCUGAAGAAAACUUCGCUCUCUCCGAACAAAUUGUCCCCUUCGCUGUUGGAGGUGAUUGCUCCGAAAAAUGAGGGCCGGGUGGAAAAAGUUAACUAUAUUCAAAGUGAGCUGAACAAAUUGGAACGCGAACAAGAAGCAAUCGAUCAGAAGGCAAAUGCACUGGAAAAGAAGCUACGGGCAGUUAUGGGAGGAACCAUGACAAAUGUGAGCGAAACUGAAGACCAACUGAUGUCACAAUGGUUCACCCUGGUCAACAAGAAGAACGCUCUGCUUAGGCGUCAGAUGCAGCUUAAUCUACUCGAGCAAGAGAACGAUCUUGAGAAGAAGUAUGAUAUGCUGAAUCUAGAGCUGCGAGCAGCACUUUCGAUCGAGGACUGGCGCAAAACGGAAGAGCAGCGAGAGAAGGAAGCUCUGCUUUUGGCCGAAUUGGUAGCCAUAGUGGACAAACGCAACGAACUGGUGCAGAAUCUGCACAGUCAGGAGCAGGCUAUUGAAGACGACGAUGAAAUCGAGCGGAAGCUGGAAACGGUGGAUAUCAAUCACAAGGACGAAAAAUGUGUGAUUCAGUAAAGCAGGAAGGCUUUUACAACAAGACUUUUGGAAUACUCAACAGUCAGUAGAUUGGACUAGACACUACCAGCAAAUCAAAAUUCAUGUUCUAAAAUUUCACGGUUUGACGGUUUGCGAGACAUCGAAUCGCAAAUAACUAACGUAUACAGGAAAUUACUGUCGUAUAAGUUUUAAAUUCUUGAUGACACGUAGUUAUCGUUACUGUUGAGUGAGAUGUGAAGCCCCAUGUGACGCACGUGCAGUUGCGGAUUCGGUUAGGCUUAGAAUUUGUCACACUGGAUCAAUUCCGUCCGAGUAUUUUGAUUUCCUGCAGUGAAAGAGGAUGUUUUCUAGAUGUUGUUAUUCAUUUGGUUAACCCAGCCUGGGAUUUGGUUUGGAUUUCAUCACACUUAAGUUAGGCUUUACGUAUGUAAUAAGGUUGGGCUGUAAAUAUUUUUGUUAAGCUUUUUUAUCGUGCAAAAACCAAAAAAGGCUCCGAGGAGAAUAUACUCAAACCAAGUUUCACGAAAGCUCCCCAGAAGUCAGGAGCACAACACGGUGUAUGAAUUUUCAGUUGCCACGCUUCAGGUAGUUUUCAACUUUAAAAUCGUAGACGUUUUUAUCAAUAUAUGCCUAUUAAUAGGCAGUUCCAUGUGAAUAAGAAAUUUUGCUCGACUGUUAUGCGAUCAUAGCAGAAGCAAGAAACAAGUUUGAUAAAAGAAUCCUUUUUGUUUUUACCAUGGUGAUUAUUCGUGAUAAUGAUUAAAAUAUCCAAAACCAUUUAUUUUUAUAUGCUACCUUUUACGAUGUAAGUGAGAUUGUACUCUAUUUUUAAAACUACCGGUAGUAACCCCGCAGACACUGUAGCAAACAAUUUGUACCAUACGCGAGCUUUCAUUUGGCAAUGCUCCCAAACUAUAGAACAAACAAAAAAAAAAACGAAUACAAAUUGAAAUGUUCUAGUCACUCGAAUAUAUUGUAGAUAAAACAACUAAUCUAAUUGUAAAGCUAGUAUUAUUAAUUUAAAGCAAACCAACCUACGACGUGCGACGCUGGAGUUCAUCACGUAUAUGCAAUAACGAUUAUUUUUUCCACAAACAGCGCGGGAGCUAUUGAAAACUACCUAUACUACUUACCAGAUGAGGGUAGAUGGCAAGUUUAAUUUAUUGGACACAUCUAUGACGCGAUUUCUAUGCUAAUGAAUAAGGAAACAUUAUGAUUAGAAGAUUAUGGUAAAGAAAUACAUACACGUUACAAGUACUAUCAAA